GGCAAGCAUCUCGAUUUUUUCCCUUUUCCGAUGUUUCUGCGACUCAGCACUGCUCCCGACCCCCACUCCCGUCCCUCCCUCUCCCCGUUGCAGGUAGCGCGACGACUCGUUCAACACCCUGCCUCGCUGUUCCCCCCGACCCCAGCGUCAUGUCAUGGCUCUCCUGGACGUCGCUGGUGCCCACGCUUCUCGUCCUCUCGGCCAGCCUCGCCUGGUGGUUCACAGAGCCUAAGAACGCCCGCAUCAACCUGAUCGCCGCCGCCGGCGCCGCCCUCUUUUGCUGGGCCGUCGCUCCGGAGCUGUGCCGCGAUCUUUCCUACUCGGCCUACGUCCUGACCGCCGACGCCGUCGCCGCCCUCCGCCUCGACCUCUUCCUCCUGAGAAAUGCAAAGAUGCUCGUGACGGGCAUUGCCGUUGUAUGGCUGGUUCGACGAGCGUGGCAGACGCUAUGGAAGCCAGUUCCCGAGUUGAUCAAUAUCCUGGGCGUCGACGUUCCGGAUCCGCCAGACGUGUCGCUAGCAGAGAUCCGAGCCGAUGCCGCUACCGUAAACUGGACGCGCCCUCCGCCUAACCGAUCCGUGCAAAAGUUCUUGAUCCAGGUCAACGGCGUGGUCGUGGGAGAGGUCGCCGCGAACCAGGAACCCGCUAUUGUUGUCAGUGGCCUCAAGCCAGAUCACUUUUACAACGUGCGCGUGAUUGCCGUUGGCUCCAACAAUUUCCAGGCCGGCAGCCGUGUCAUCCGGCUGAGGACUUUUGGCCGCGAUGGUCGGCCGCAUUUGGGGAACUCGCGGCUUCCGUCCAACUUUGUGCCGGAGGAGCCGCGCCAUCCCGGGCCGAACGACGCAGGCGACGAGACCGGGGGAGGCCGCAGCCCUUUCCCCGCCUUGGAGGUGCCGACGGUUCAGGAGCCGCCUGCCUCACCAGCCCGAGACCCGAGCUCUACUGGUGCCGCGGGGCCGCGACGGAACACGGUCACGCGACGGCAUUCGCCAUCCACUACAAGCAUUGAUCAACCGAUACGAGAAGACGUCGAUGCGGAUCCGAAGCAGACGCUACCGGCACUGACGGAGAGAUUCGAGGCGAUCCGCAAGGAGACGGAGGACGUACUCGCGCUGAUAGCAAAAGAGGAGGCUGAUCACAAGGUGUUGAUGGACGAGCUGGAAGCGGAGAAGCGAGAAAAGAGGAAGGAACAGAAAAAGAAGGAGGAGCAGACGGAAAGGCUAAAGAAGGAUGUACACGCAACCGACCGCGCCAUGCGCAAUGCCAUGCAACGCAAGGGGCAGAAGGAGAAGGCCCUCAAGGAGAAGCAGAAUGAGCGGGCCAAGUUGCACGAUAAUAUCGCAAAGUGGGAAAAGGGCGUGGAGGAGUUGCGCCGGGAGCGCGAGAGCUUCGGUCGGCAAAUGGCGGAGCUGGAGCAGGAGCGAGACCAAAAGGUGGAGCGGUCCCGGGAAGAGAUUGGGAACCUACAGGCCGAGUGCUCGCGCUUGGAGGCGGAGUUGAAAGAGAGGAGAGAGCAGGUGAGGGAGCUAGAAGCGGCUCGAAAGCUGCUUCCGGGCGGGGACGAGGACGGUGAAUGGCGGGAGAAGAUCAUCGAAGAGAGGCGGGAGUGGUACAGAAGUGGCGUGGGCAAGGAGUUGCAGGACACUCUGACGCUCGAGUCGAAACGCGGCCGGGCCUUGGACGAGCAGGUCCGCGCCCUCAGCAUCCAGGUGCAGCACAUCCCGCAGGCCAACUUCAAUCUGUACAGCCAACCGAGUGCGACCGGCAUGGAAUUCGAUCCUUCGGCGGCCACCCACCUGAACCGACGGAACCGCGCAGGCAACGCCAUCCCGAACGUCCCAGUCUCGGCACCGCUGCAACAUUAUCCCCAGAUCGACCAGGCAAUUGCAGCUCCCGCCGGCUUUGGCAGCUCCCGUCCGGCGAAUGCGCCGCCGCCCGGCUUCACCUCCGCGCCUUUCAUGGGCCGCCCGGAGGACGUCGGGCACCUGGACGAGUUGGGCGCAAGGAACGCCCCGCUCAGCCCGUCAGCCACCGCUCUCCUGCCAUCUAACCUCAUGGCGGAUAUCGAUGACGACGACCCCAGCCCGGCCUCGAGGUUCGGACCCGACCCUUUCCUCCAACGCGCCUCUCCCGACAACGCUCCGCAGUCGCCCGCGUCGUCUGGGAAAUCCUUCAACGUCUUCUCGAGCCCCCAUGGCUCUUCGAGCAACCUCCCCUUUCCCCCCUUUCAGGACGCUUCAGAUCGGAUGUCGCUCAACGCGGCCGCCACGGCUCCCUCGCCGGUGGCAACCGAGCCCCCGCCGAACAAGCUGAGCGCCUUCUUCCCCUUCCCACGGUCCAGGAACACUAAGACGACCACCGACCCGGAUGGGCUGCACGGGUUGCCCUUUGGCAGCAUCAAGCCGGGGCAGAGCCAGUCAUUUCCGAGGCAGGAUGAUGACUCGGACGGCCUCAGCAACAAACGACGCAGCUGGGGGGUGUUCAACCGCAACUCGGCGGGACUCGAGAUCGCCGAGGGCCAGGGGACGCAUUCCCGCGUGUUUCCCAAGAGCCUAAAUCCUUUUUCCAGCUCUCAUCGCGCCCCGGGCGGCCUGUUCUCGGAGAGGGACAAGAGCAGCCCGCGGCCGCCGAGCAUCGCCUCUGCCGAGCUCCCUCGGCCGUCGACGGACUCUGGUUCGAUCUGGGGCCCGCAGCCAGGCGAAGCCGCGACGCUGGGGAAACCUAGCCGUCUCUGGUCGCCGGACGCGUGGUCCCGGACUCCGUCUCGGCGCCCGUCUCUCCACGGGUCCCCGUCGGCCCUGAAGACGACCCUGGCGUCGGCGGAUGACGAGAUCCUUGGCGAAGAGAUGCUGCCGAAUGUCAGCGAGGUUGGCGUUAUCGGCAGCCGCCCGCCGACCCAGUCCAAGGCCCCUCGCCUGAACCCCAACGCGCCGGCUUUCAACAUCACCUCGUUCUUCAAGUCCAAACCCGAAAAGGAGAAGGACAAGGAGAGCAAGGAGAAGAGCAAGGCGGAGAAGAAGGACAAGGCGAAGGCCAAGGAAGGCAAGGAGAAAUCCAAGAACGCGGAGGCGUCUUCCGGCACGCCCGAGGGGGGGCAGCAGACCUGGCCGCCGGAGAUGGAGUCCCCGUCCGAGCCGCGCAUGUCCCGCGACGGACUGUCGGUCCACACGCAGACGUCCGUCUCGGAGUCGCGGGACUCCCUCUCGCUGGACCAGUCGUUCUCGAACACGCCCUCGGAGCCGACGAGCGCCGGGCUGUCGGGCAGCUUCAAGGACGACAACAACGUGGUCCGCAAGUUGUUCCGAAAGGGCAGCUCGGGCAAGUUCAGCAUCGCCGGGCGGCUCGGCGGCAAGGAGUCGGGCCUGUUUAAGAAGGGCCCGAGCAGCACGGCCAGCGGCGGCGCCGCCUCGGAUAAGCGGGCGUCCAUGGAGCGGUCCAGCAUCGGCGACUUCGAGGACAUUGCCGACGAGGCGCUGAACCCGGCGUUCCUGGGUCGCAGCUACGACAGCAUCACGAGCAGCAGCCCCGGCCUGGCGCCGACGGUGAGCGCCACCAAGAGCAAGGAGAGCAAGGCGCCCUCUCGGUGGCUGAGCAACUUUGGCAAGAAGGGAAAGAAGGAAAAGGAGAGCCUGGACCUGGACAGGUCGCAGGUCUCGGAGCUUGAUGACCUCGCCGAGGAGAGCUCCCGGGAGCUGAAGGGGUAGUAAAGUGAGAGGGAGUGUGUGUGAGAGAAAGGGAGAUGGAGAGAAUGUGUGAGAGAGAGAUGCACUUCAGAGGGCCGGAGGGGGAGGGAAAGGGGCGCGUGUUGCUAGCAGUAUGAGGCACCCACCUCGGGAGGGUAAAAAUAGGUAAAAAUAGGUUAGAGUGUAAUACCUCUGCGUAGCGUUGCCACGUAUGCUACAGCUCAAUAUACAGUGAGCGUUGGUUGUUGUCGACGUUGGACCCGUCUGUCUGCG